CUAGAUUAUGACAGGCGGCUGUUUUUUCAGGUCUCCAGUUUGCUUGACUUGUGCAUUUGGUUCAUCUGCAGAGACGCAGAGACAGAGUAAGUAGAAAGAUGAAGGCCUUACAAGAACUCAUUCCUCAGCGCGCCAAUGCUGAUAGAUCGUCGUUGCUGGAUGAAGCGAUCAAGUACCUGAAGUCGCUUCAAUUGCAAGUGCGGAUGUUGUCCAUGGGGUGCGGUAUGGUCCCUGUAGCAUUUCCUGGGGUGCAAGCCUGCAUGCCAUUCAUGAACAUGGGCACUGCAAUGGAUGCGGGCACGAAUCGCCCCGUGAUGCUAUUUCCUAACAUCUUGGCUAGUUCAAUGAUGCAACCAUCAACUAACGGUGCUCACUUGGGGUCUGGAGUCCCCAUUACAACCUUUAGAAUGCAGCAAGAAGCUCCUAAUCAAUACACAACACCAUCACCUAAUCACUGGGAUCCAACAUUAAGCUCACAGAUGACUCAAAAUCCGAGCCAGCAAUUCCCUGAGAAUGCCAGUUCUUUUCAGCAGCAGCUGAGCCUUCAUUACGUGCAACAACCACCACAAUAGGUACUUUCCAAGUCACUCAAUGAUUUAUAGCUUAUACGCAAUGCGGCAAUAAACUGUUCCUCAAUUUCAUGCUGUCAUACUUUCUUUGCUUUGGAGAGGAAGUCAUCAUUCUGAUUUGCUUAUUUAUUC